CGUAUUAUGGUCUAUCUGCCGGUCAUCCACUGUGCAAAAUUUUUUUUCGCGAUUCGUUUCGAAAAUCGCAAAAUAUUGUAAGGCGAUCGGACGAGAAAUAUACAGGUGUGCAAGUCGACAGGAUCGCUAAGCGAUAAUUUUGCGAUCGCUAUCGGGCUCGUAUAUAUGCAUCGUGCAACAGGUGAGUCGAUUUGAAACUCAUCGUGCAAAAAAGGCGAAAAAUAAUGGCGAAUAGAAUGGGCGGUAAGAAGGUAAAAAGGAGGCAGGACGAAAAUAUUGCGUUUGAAAAAGUCAAAUGAUCGUUGUUUGACGAGAGAAUCCCCGACUGUCGUUUCGCCGGUGAUUACAGGAGAUAAGCAGUCUGUUGAACCAAGACACGUAUGGUGAUAUCAACUAGAAGAAUGUCGAAACGACCACUGGGGCCAGUGGAUCAAUGGCUGGCUAAGGAAGGUUACUUCAGAAAGCCCACUCCCAGAGAUCCAACCUGCUUAUUCAGAGCAAUCAGCGAACAAGUGUAUCACACUCAACAUUAUCAUUUGCGAGUGAGAAAAGAAUGUACAGAUUUCAUGAGGAAAAAAAGGCACUUGUUUAGUGAUAGUAUGACAACAUCAUUUGAUUAUUAUCUGAAAGAAAUGCAGUGCUUCACAUCAUGGGGAGGACCAACUGAGAUUCGUGCAAUGUCUAUGCUUUAUAAAAGAGACGUAGUCAUAUUUGUUGGCGAGAAGCAGAUAUGCGAUAAUUUUACGAAUUAUAAUUUCAAAAAAGGCCUUAUAUUGUUAUGUCACACAGAACCGAAACAAUACGAGCCUGUUUACCCGAUGGCUUUUGUCCAAUCGGCUGCUUACUGUCAAUCUAUUGUUUAUGAAGUUGUAUAUAAAUACAUGUACCAAAUGCCUAACAUAAAGACUGUUGCGGAUAAAAUGCUGCAUAAUCGAAAUACUGCAAUUAGACAUGACAAAUUUUUUCAGAAGGGAAAUUUUGAUAUUAGAGAACAAUUGAUUGAAGAUUUAUAUAAAAAAGUCAAUGAACAUAAUGAUAGUUCGGAUGAAAUGCAAUCUGACUGGAAGGGAGGACCACCUAUUCCUUAUAAAGUUGCUAAAGCGCUAGCUCCUGAUUAUUAUCGCAACAUAGAAUUGGACAUAUGGCAUGAAUUGAAACGAGAGGUAAAAUCCGCAGGCUGGAACAGGUACAAUAGUAAUGAGCUUCAAGUCGGUGGCGAAUGUUUGAUAGAAAUCAAUAUAAAUGAUCUAGAACAAUGUGACAGAAAUAAUAACAAAAAAUUGCUCGCUAAUUCGUCAGAUUGUGGUGUUAGCGAAAGUAACAUUGAGAGUAGUAAGCAGCAGAAAUUGAAGCAGGGGUCUCUGGGGCUUCAGGGUUAUAUACAAGAAAUGCCUACAAAUAAAGAACCAGUUCUAGUCUUCAUCAAAGAUCUUGGAGAAAAAAAGUUAGUGCCAUACGAUGCUCUGAAACCACUACCUGUAGUGAGGAAAAAUAAGCAGAGAAAUUGGGUGACAGUCAAUAGAAACCAUACAGUUAAUUCGGAUUCAAAUCGACGAUGGAAAAAAUACAACUCAUUCUCACGAAAGAAGAAAGAUGCCAUAAGUGUGGCACAUGGAACAAGUAAUACAAAUAAAAAUAUAUUAACAAAUAAUGAUGAUAAUAAUAAUAAUGUUGAUAGUGAUAAUAUCAACGAUAUCAAUAAAUCUAGAAUUGACGAGCAGAAUGACGAACUUUCUACAAUAGAUCGAUGCCAAACAGAAAAUCAGUCUGUAGAAGAUUGUUGUAAUCGUGCGACAAAUGUGGAAGCUAAUAAUUUACCUGCGGUGAUUGCCCAUUCACAAUCCACAUUGCCAAACAGUGAAUCGCAGAAAGUAGAAGAAGAGCAUAAAAAAACAGUAUAUAGAAAGGUGAACAAUACUCCAAGAAACAAAACUGAAAGAUUUAAUUAUCGUCGUAAUAGUCUUCAGAAUUCAUGCUCAAAAUUAAAAGCGUUGGAUGAAAAUUAUUGUUCACCUUGCAAUAGUAACCAACAAAUCAAUAUGGGUGGCAAUCCAAAUGUAUCUUAUGUUAUCACCGAUAAUGGCAGUACAUAUCCCGUUUAUUCAUAUGUACCAGGAAAUUUCGGAGAACAUAAUCAAAUGGAUCAUACAUUCGCAACUAAUUUCUUUUAUAAUCUGCAUCUACUACACUUGGAGGACAAUUUUCGUUUAAAUCCUACUUAUUAUGGACCUAUGAUGUAUGGACCAGGUCAUCAUGGUGUGCAAUCAUCUGAAAAUGCUCAUAUGAAUAAUGUGCCAUGUGCACAAGACGAGAUGGACCAUUUUGUUAAUGGGAUGCAGAAUUGUUCGUUAACAUAUAACGAAGGAACAGGUGCUAAUGAUGAAGCUUCCAGCACUUCACAUUGGAGCAUGAAUGGUGCACAAAAUACAGGCCAGCCAAAACAAGGAUCAAAAAGUUUGAGUGGAAAAGAGCCUUCAUAUCAAGUUGUGCAGAAAGGAAAACAGCCUGGAACUGCUAAAGGCAUGGGCAAUAGGGCACGAAAUCGUCAGCAAAAUCGAGGCUCGACGUAUUCGACGCAGCAGCACAUGGGUCAGCAUUAUGGCGGGACUUCGGUGAAUACAUACGAUACGCGUAGAGACAACACACACGUGGUACAGCAUAAUCGAUCUUGGGAUCCGAUGUUGCAUCAGGUAGCACCGAAUACUUCUUCAAACGCUUACGGAUCACCGCAAUAUGCUCCAUCACCGGGCGCAUUCUCCUCUCCGAUGCCUUAUCACGAACUCUCGUCGCAUUAUCCAACAAAUGAUGGUAUUUUGAAUGCUUCACCAUACUACCCACCAGGAAACGGUAACUAUGUACCGGUACCACCGUAUUUACCGCCGCCUCAGCACGUCGACACAGCCGAGAAUGCAACUGUAUCGUCAUAUCCGCAACAUCUUUACUCGCCAACUGAAAAUCUUUACCCACAAAGUCAUCCACAAACUACAGGCCAACCGAUGCUAUAUUCUCAGCCCAUGAUGUAUCCUCAGCCAAUGCAGUACCAUCCUCUUCUCCCACCCGUCCAAGAACAGUGGAAUCCAAUGUUAGGAGCACAGCCAUAUGUACAAUGCGCAGCUUCUGCUCCGGUUCCGCCACAAGCGCAAAUCGCCGAGCCGUCCUCUAAUGGACAAUGUACCACUACUCCGAAAGAUUCGCUUUAAAUCAUACGUGAUAUAGAGAUCGAAGACUGAAAACUAACUAUAAGAUUCAACUUUACUGCAGUAACAAGUGAGAGUAACACUUAAAGCCAUUAAUCACAUAGUUUAUUUACUCGAAAGAGAGAUUUUGAAGACUGAGAGUAUAACUAUAAGACACAAAAUUUAUUGCAGUAAAAUUUAAAAAUAACUAUAGAUUAAAAUUAACUAUUGUAAGCAGUAAUUUUGAAGUAUUUAUAGAGAUUCAGAUUAAUUAUUCUAAAAAAAUAAGAGCAAAAUGUGAAGCAAAAUUGCUUGCGAUUCCUCAUUCUAAUGUCAUCGUCAGAAGCCAAACAAGAUCGUUCACUGUGAUUUUCUGUAAUUACCGUCUCGUAUACAAAACUUUAUAUGAUAUACAAAACAUAUAUUUAAAAUAUGAAGAUAUUCUCUUUUUACGAAUUAUGUACAUGGGCGAAUUUAACCGCUAAUAGAUUAACCUGUAAAAAAAGUGUCAGCUUAUAAUUAAUAGCUUAACAUAUUAUUAGAAAGAGAUCAGCAAUUGAAAAAUUUAAACAUCUUUUGAGACAUGACAUUCAGACUUAUUAAGAAAAACAAAACUGAAAAUUUCACGCAGCUCAACAUUCUUUAACAUAUAUAGACAAUAUAUUUAACAUUUUAUUCAUAAAAGAAAAUCCACGCAUACAAUAAAAUAUGGCAGAUUUGUCAUAAUAAAAUUCUGCUUUUCUCUUCCUUGUACAACUAUUACAUUAGUGUUAUUUGUCGAUACUUUAAAUCACUCAAAAAAAAAAUAUGUUACUGUUAUUCAUUAUGAUUAUUCUAUAUUAUAAAUGUUUUUCAUAUUAUAAGUAAGAUAUCGCGACAAAUAUCGUAUCUUGUUAGAACACGAUAGUUAUUAAUCCUUAUUGGGAUUAUGAAUAAACUAUUAUUAUUAUCAAAUCAUUAUUAUAGUUAUUAUAUAAUUAUUUCGAAAAUUUAAUAAGCAGAAUAUUCGGGCCUAAAUAUAUAAUCUUUAGAAUAAGUCUUUAAGUCUAUAUAAGUUUAAGAUCUUGUAUAAUCUGUUAGUAAUAUUAAGUUUACUAAAGUUCCUUACAACAUUUAUACAAUUUUUACUUAAGAUUAACCUUUAUACAAUUUUUGCUAAAUCUUUGCGAAUAAAUGAUACAAAUUAA